UUUCCUCAGACGCCCGCGUCUCGUUUAUUUCCUAGCUUUAUUGGCCUUCCGACCUCUGUUCUGUUCUGUGUUCAAAACUAUCUGCAAACAAACUGCAAAGACAAGGACGAAGCUGGCAAGAAGAUGAGUUGGAUCCCGUGCCGAAUUUACAAAUUUACCCUUUAUACUUUCCCCAAACGGAGAUCUCUAUCUAUUCCAGUAUCUAUCUAUCUAUCUAUCUAUCUAUAAAUUAAAUUACGUCCCGUCUCCGAUUUAGACGUGUCUUGACGAGAGGAACUUCUCUCUCUCCUCGUCACGCCUUACAAUCGAAGGCAAUUCUCUUUCAUUUCUAAAGAGAGAAAUAUAUAUAUAUAUAUAUACACACAGAGAGAUAGAGAGAGGUUUUCUGGUUUUAUAUCUAUCCGUCAUACAUAUAUAUAUGUGUGUGUCUGGUGUAAUGCGUAUGGUUCCGUCAUUCAUUCAAUUUAUAUCGAUGCGCGUGUCUCGUGUUGUUGUCCGUUGAUCAAUUGAUUUUCAACGUGUCCCUCCGACGCUUCUCUCACUUGGCGGCCCCUUUUUGUUAUGAAGUUCGGCGGUGCUUCUCUUGUCGUCUUCGUCUCCUCUUCUUCUUCUCUGUUUCUCUCUCCAUUUUCAUGGAACUCUCCUGAUCAACUCCCAGCGGUUAAUAAUUGAACAGCGGUUUGCGGUGGUUUCGGUGUAAACUUGAGUUAUGGCAAAAGGCAACAAUGGCGGAUGCGUGUUCCCUUUAACAAGUUUGCAAAUUGGGGACUUGCAGUCUUAUCUUUCACUUCUUAACCUCUUCCUGGCUCCUGAAACUAACAAAUUCUAUAUCUUGGUGGACAAUCGGCCAUGGCUCGAAGACUUUGGCUCACGGUCUGCACACAUAUGGCAAUUGAUGGUUACCAAGUCCAGGUCAUCCCCCUUUGCAAACACUAAAUCAAAGAAGGAGAGAAAGGUGCGUGGAGAAUUGUUCGAGUUUAAUUCCAGUUCUAAAUCAAACACAAGGAAAUCAAAACAGCUUGAAAGAUGGUUCUCAUUGAUUGAUGCUGCAACAUUAUCUCGGAAGAGAGCCUUGCUGAGGAAUUCUUUAAUUUCAAAAAGCAAGUUGCACGGGACCUUAUAUGGUUUUAUUGUCUUUGAAGUUGCAUGGAGUGAUGUUCGUGGUAUCAAUUAUUUGAAUGAACUUCAGACUGAUACAUCUCUGGCCAUAGAGGCCAAAUGCGUGAAAAGAUGGGAAUUUGAGAGCAUAGCACAAGCUGCAAAUUGCAUAUCUUCAUGGUUUCCAGGAACACACUAUGAGCAGUUUCUCUUAAAAGAGCAUCUGGACUCUGUCAUAGGAGAGGUGUUCUAUGAUGCUCAAGAAAAAUUUCCAAAAAGUAAUAAUGAUGAUGAUGGGAAUAUCUGCAUUGAUAAUGUGUGUGAUGAGGAUGAAUCUCAUUGCUGCCUUGGUAACAGUAUUGAUCUAAACAUAGAAAACAGGACGACAAGUACAGCACACACACCACCACCUCCUGACGGGCCCUAUAAGAGAAGAAAAGUAAUAAAAUCAUUUAGUGCUGGAGAUGGGGUUGAUAUAUAUUCGGAAGAAACACGUCGUGAAAAUUUUGAUUCGCCAACACAUUCUCAGACCUCUUAUGCUAGUGACUGUGAAGAUGCAGUUGAAGAUACUCAGUACAGGGAUGUUUUAAUUUUGUUUCGGUUUAAUGACCGUGAUCUGCCAUUUAAAUUAAGGGAAAUAAUUAUGUCAGAUUUGCGAUUACUUACAUUAUUAGAGUCUGGGCUUCCAUCCUGGGUUAUUUUUCUCCAGUCAUACCCAGGGUUUUCCCAUCUUUAUCGCCCAUGGAUGUGCCCCCUGGCAAGAGCUCUAUAUGUGAUGAUAUCUUUUGUCACUGUACUUAUUGGAUUUUAUGAUUUAUACAAAAAUGUCCCAGUUCUCAAGGCCACUGCAUCUCGUCUGUGUGGGCCUCUUUUUGCAUGGAUAGAAACAUGGGAGAUGGUAUCCAGGAUUAAGUAUCUGGGGACUAUGUUAUUUCUUCAUAAUUUUGAGAAGGCGAUUACGUGGUUCCUGAUGAUAACACGUACUAUUCGGUCCUUUCUUUCAAUCCUCACACAGCCAAUGGCAGGGCCGCUUGUGGAGUUCAUGGAUUUUCUCCUUCCCUUUUGGAAUAUGUGCAUACAAAUAGUGGAGAAUCUUUAUUCUGUCUUUUGGAUUGUGAUUGGUUCUUUUUUCAGUCUAGUGGAGAACCUAGUUGAAAUUGUACUGGUGCCUGUGUGGUUUAUCAUAUCAGUUAUUUGGAACACUGCAAUGUCCGUCAUAUACCCUAUGUUAUGGAUUGUUUGGGAAAUACUCUAUACCCCGGUUCGUCUGCUCCUUGGAUUGGUCAGUUUAAUGGCCUUCAUCUAUACAUGCAUAUAUGAUCUGCUUGGAGACAUAUGGGUGUUUGCAAGUAGCAUAUUCCAGUUCACUUCAGAUGCCCAGGCUGUGAGCGCAUAUGAGGUUUCCAUGUGGCGUUCACUUUGGAAUGACCUUUUCUCCCAGGUUUUUCGUGCUGUCCGGAGCAUUUUGAAUGGCUUUGUUGCCUUCUUCACAGCCUGCAAUAGGCACCGCCUUAGCAUAUAUAAUCAUGUACAGGAGUUCAUCCAAAGGCUAUUUCACCCAGCCCGGAGAUUGCCGUCUGCAGAUUCUAGUUAUAGAACACGUAAAACUCAAAAAUUGUUUGAACCCAGAGGCAGGGAACAAACGCAACAACAUAUGAAUCCAGCAAAAAAAGAGAGAUGACAGUGUUGUGGGCAAGGGAGCUUAUCUUCAGCAGGAAAUACAUUUUGGCAAAAGCAUAGAGAAAUCUAAUCACAAAUGCAAUAUAAUCAGAACCUGCAAACUGACUUGUAGAUAUAAUACAGCUAACCAAAUCUGUAGAACCACCAAACUAACCUAACCUAACCCCAUCCCAUAGGAAGAGCUUUUUGUCCUCCUGUUUCUCUCUUUUUUCUUUUUUCUGUGUAUUCUGCUGCAUCUCUUUCGUUCAUUUAUUUGUUAGUUCUUUUUUUCCUUUCCGACUAGUCUGAGGUUCUGAGCCCCAUAAUAUACAUGUAAAUUUCAUGUGUAAAUCUUGAGUGUAUCAGUCAACAUGUAGUGAAUAUUGAUUUAUUUUAUUUACAGAAGUUUAGUGUUUUUACUAA